AUGAACAUAGUUAGGUUAGCUACUGCUAUCUAUAUUUAUGGAAACUGUGCAUAUUACAGAGGUUGUUUUGGGAGCUGCAAUAAACCACCACCGCUUAUAGUUGCAGUGGAUGAACCAUCUAAAGGUUUAAGGAUACAAGGUCGUUUAGUGAAGAAGCCAAGCGUAUCAGACGAUUUCUGGAGCACGAGCACCUGCGAGAUGGAUAACAGCACAAUGCAGUCACAAAGAAGCGUGUCUUCUAUUAGCUUCACUAACAACACUGCAAGUAGUAGCAACCCCAAUGAAUUUGUUAAUACUGGAUUGAACCUCUGGAAUCAAACUAGACAACAGUGGCUUGCAAAUGGAUCUUCUCAAACAAAGGCCAAAGUUCGAGAACCUACAAUAAG